AUGAAUCAGCUGAAUAAUGUAACAAAUCUUUUAAAAAAUAGUUUAAAGAAAAAUGUGAAUAUUUUAACAAAAUGCGAUAUGUACAAGGGUGGAACAAUAAAAGAUAGGAUUCAAAAAUUUUCUACAAAAAGUUUAGAAAAGAAAAAAAUGAAUAUGUUUACAGCAAUAAAUUCAGCAAUGCAUAAUGUAUUUGAAAAAGAUCCUAAUUCCAUAUUAUUAGGUGAAGAUGUAGCAUUUGGUGGUGUUUUUAGAUGUUCUCUUGAUUUAUUAAAUAAAUAUGGUGAUAAAAGAGUUUUUAAUACUCCUUUAUGUGAACAAGGAAUUAUAGGAUUUGCAAUUGGAUUAGCAGAAAAUGGAUUUACUACAAUUGCUGAAAUACAGUUUGGGGAUUAUAUUUUUCCUGCAUUUGAUCAAAUAGUAAAUGAUGUAGCUAAAUAUAGAUAUAGAUCAGGUAGUAGUUUUGAUGUCGGAAAGUUAACUAUAAGAUCUACUUGGGGUGCAGUAGGUCAUGGAGGACUAUAUCAUUCACAAAGUCCUGAAGCUUUUUUUGCUCAUGCAUCAGGAAUUAAGAUAAUAGUUCCAAGUGAUGCUUAUAAAGCUAAAGGAUUAUUACUUUCAGCUAUUAAAGAUCCUAAUCCCUGUUUAUUUUUUGAACCAAAAAUUUUAUAUAGAUCUUCCAUUUGUGAAGUCCCUGUUGAUGAAUAUGAAUUAGAAUUGGGUAAAGCUGAUAUAGUAAAAGAAGGUAAAGAUAUAACUCUUGUUACAUGGGGUUCUUUGGUUCAUAAAAUGAAAAUAGCUGCUGAUACAUUGUUAAAAGAGCAUAAUAUUGAUUGUGAAAUAAUAGAUUUGCAAACUAUUAUUCCAUGGGAUAUUGAUACUGUUCAAAAAUCAGUUGAAAAAACUGGAAGACUUUUAAUUAGUCAUGAAGCACAAAUAACUAAUGGAUUCGGGGCAGAAAUUGCUGCUAAAAUUCAGGAAAGAUGCUUCUAUAAUUUACAUACACCAAUUAAAAGAGUAUGUGGAUAUGAUACACCUUUUCCUCAUGUAUAUGAACCUUUUUAUAUCCCAGAUGAACAUAAGAUCGUUUAUGAAGUAAAAAAAAUGAUGAAAGAAUAA